GUGACUGAACACAAGGAUCUUCUCCACCAGCAGAUGAUGACCUCAGGAAAGCAUGAAGAUAGUUUUAUUUAUUGAGCUUUGCUAGAGGACAGAUUGUGUCUCCUUCUAGGUGCAAGUCUUGUUUUCUGGAGAGGAGAGUGUGGCUCUGGUUGAUGUGAAGGAAGAGCAAACAUGAGAAGGAGCAGCAUGGGAUUCACUCGGAGCUCAUCCUGAGUGCUCUACAAUAACAGGAGCUAAUUAUUAUCAUCAUCAUUACUCACAUUCAGGGAUGGAGCCCCAACUCCUGGCUUCUUCAGUAGGAACAGGGCUGCUGUCCAGGCUUCCACACAUGAGGCAGUUUGGUAGAAGCAGCGUUGGUCCUGGAGAGCCCGGCCUCAGCUGCCAGAAGACAGAAAGCAGCAGGGAGAACCGGUGCCCCCUGGCUCCACAAAACACAAACAACUCCAACAAUAAUGAUGGGAAAAAGGAUGAAAAGAAGGAUGAUAAAAAGGAUGACAAGAAAGAUGAGAAAAAAGAUGAGAAGAAAGACGCAAAGAAGGAUGACAAAAAGGAUGAUAAAAAAGAGCCACCGAAGGAGGUGUGGAUCAUGGAUCCUGCUACGGAUAUGUACUACAACUGGCUAUGUACAACUUCUGUUCCGGUGUUCUACAACCUGAUGUUUCUUGUGGCCAGAUCAUGUUUCAAUGAACUACAGUACGGCAACACAACAGUAUGGAUGGUUUUGGACUACAUAUCAGAUGUCAUCUACUACAUGGACACCUUUGUGAGAGCCAGGACAGGUUUUCUGGAGCAAGGACUGCUUGUGAAGGAUGCAAAGCUCCUGAAAGAAAAGUACACAAAGACACUGCAGUUUAAGUUAGACAUCAUAUCCAUCAUUCCUACUGACCUUGUGUUCCUUAAAAUUGGAAUUAACAACCCAGAGUGGAGGUUCAACCGUCUCUUCAGGUUGGCUCGACUCUUUGAGUUCUUUGACCGGACUGAAACUCGAACCAAUUUUCCAAACAUCUUCCGAAUUGCAAAUCUGGUACUUUACAUUAUCAUCAUCAUACACUGGAAUGCUUGUCUCUACUUUGCUGUCUCCAAGGUACUUGGUUUUGGUUCAGACACCUGGGUAUAUCCAGACUUAAACAACCCUCUGUAUGCUCAACUGGCCAGACAGUACAUCUACUGUUUUUACUGGUCCACCCUCACCUUGACAACUAUUGGAGAGACUCCACCUCCAGUCAGAGACAUAGAAUACUUUUUUGUUGUAGCUGACUUUCUCACUGGGGUUCUGAUCUUUGCAACAAUCGUAGGUAAUGUCGGUGCCAUGAUUUCCAACAUGAAUGCAGAACGAGUAGAGUUUCAGGCCAAGAUUGACUCAAUCAAGCAGUACAUGCACUUUCGAAAGGUCACAAAAGACCUGGAGGCUAGGGUGGUGAAGUGGUUUGACUACCUGUGGACAGAGGGAAAGUCCUGUGAUGAGAAGUUGGUACUAAAGAAUCUACCUGACAAACUAAAGGCUGAGAUAGCCAUCAACGUCCACCUGGAGACCCUGAGAAAAGUGCGUAUCUUUCAAGACUGUGAAGCAGGUUUACUUGUGGAGCUGGUUCUGAAGCUUCAACCUCAGGUUUUCAGCCCUGGUGACUACAUCUGUAAAAAGGGGGACAUUGGCAGGGAAAUGUACAUAAUCAAAGAAGGAAAGCUAGCUGUCGUGGCAGAUGAUGGGGUGACCCAGUUUGUUGUACUCAGUGAUGGGGCAUAUUUUGGAGAAAUCAGUAUCCUUGGGAUAAAGGGUAGCAAAGCAGGAAACCGGAGAACAGCCAACAUCCGAAGUGUUGGCUACUCUGAUCUGUUUGCACUGUCCAAAGAUGAUCUAAUGGAGGCACUCAUUGAAUAUCCUGAUGCUAAAUAUGCUCUGGAGGACAAGGGAAGGGCCAUUCUGAUGAAAGAUAAUCUCAUAGAUGAGUCACUGGUAGCUGCAGUUGAUGCCAAGGAUUUGGAGGAUAAAGUCAACCAGAUUGGAGGCAGUGUGGAAGUCAUGAUGACCAAACUCACAAAGCUUAGCAAUCAAUAUGAAUCCUCUCAGCGUAAACUCCGGCAGCGGCUCACAAAUUUAUCAAAUCAGGUCAGGAGCCUCAGAGUUGAUGAGUGAACUUUGCCGGGGAUCACUACUGCCUAAAGGUAGUGAAGAGCUCUGUGUUUUUGGGACUGUAGAACUUUUAUACUCAUCAAAUGGAACAGCUGGACAGUGUCUCUUCUCAAUAUUCCCAUACAUAUUAAAGUAAAAAGACUGCCUUGAAA